UGAGAAACACAAACAUUUUUGGAGACACAGAGACAGAGGAAUUCCAGAGAAUGGCAAACUUCCCAAUCAUCAACCUCGAGAAGCUAAAUGGCGAGGAGAGGGCACUAACAAUGCUGCAGAUCAAAGAUGCCUGUGAAAACUGGGGUUUCUUUGAGUUGGUGAAUCACAGCAUCCCUCACGAGCUACUCGACACCGUUGAGAGGUUGACGAAAGAGCAUUACAAGAAAUGCAUGGAACAGAGGUUCAAGGAGUUGGUAGCCAGCAAGGGCCUGGAGAAUGCCAAUUCAGAGAUCAAAGACAUGGAUUGGGAGAGCACCUUCUUCCUCCGUCAUCUUCCUCAGUCUAACAUCGCCGAGAUCCCAGAUCUCUCCGAUGAAUACAGCAAGGUGAUGAAGGAAUUCGCACAAAAAUUGGAGAAACUGGCUGAGGAGUUGUUGGAUUUGUUGUGUGAAAACUUAGGGCUUGAGAAAGGGUACCUGAAGAAGGCUUUCUAUGGAUCAAAGGGACCCAACUUCGGUACCAAGGUGAGCAACUACCCACCGUGCCCCAAACCGGAUUUGAUUAAGGGGCUGCGCCCCCACACCGACGCCGGCGGCAUCAUCUUGCUCUUCCAGGAUGACAAAGUCAGCGGCCUCCAACUUCUGAAAGACGGGCAGUGGGUGGAUGUGCCACCUAUGCGCCACUCCAUUGUUAUCAACCUCGGCGACCAGAUUGAGGUGAUUACCAAUGGAAAAUACAAGAGUGUGGAGCACAGAGUGAUUGCCCAGCCUCAGGGUACUGGAAGGAUGUCAAUUGCUUCAUUCUACAAUCCUGGCAACGAUGCCGUGAUCUAUCCGGCUCCGACUCUUCUUGAGAAAGAAGCAGUAGAAAAGAAGCAAGUUUACCCAAAAUUCGUCUUUGAUGACUACAUGAAGCUCUAUGCUAUACUGAAAUUUCAGGCAAAGGAGCCAAGAUUUGAAGCCAUGAAGGAAAUGGAAACUGAGGUUCCAAUUGCCACGAUUUAAUAAAGAAGAUGGUUUCUAUGUUUUAGAGUUGUGUGGGCUGUGGCCAUACUAAAAUUGCAGCUUGUUUUUUUUUUCUUUUCUUUUUUUUUUUUUUGAUUAUUUUGUCAUGGGGCCGGUAGAAUCGUAGCCGUUGGGAGGGAGGAGAUGAACCUAUAAUAGUGACUAACGCCACUGGGCCGCUAGGCCAGGUUCAAAAUUUCAGCUUGUUUGAAAGAAAAAUGCAUAGCUUAUAUUAUUUUCUAAUAAUUUGUAAAAGUUGGAUUGCAAUAAUAAAAGGGAAUUUGUCCU